AUGUUGAGAAUUAUACAUAGAGACUUGAAAACUAGCAAUAUUCUAUUAGAUGAAGAAAUGAAUCCAAAAAUUUUAGAUUUUGGCCUAGCAAGAAUCUUCAAAAGCAAUCAAAUUCAAGAAGAGACAAAGAGAAUAGCUGGAACAUUUGGGUACAUGCCUCCAGAAUAUGCAGUGUUCAGAAAAUUUUCAAUAAAAUCUGAUAUCUUUAGUUUUGGAAUCAUACUAUUAGAGAUCAUUACAGGCAAAAAGAAUAAUAGCUUUUGUCAAGAGGAUUCUUACCUAAGCAUGACAAGAGAAGUAUGGCAUUUAUGGAGAGAAGGGAGAGCCUUGGAGGUUGUUGAUUCAUCAUUGAAGGAUUCUGGUCCUCCUGAUGAAGUGUUGAGAUGCAUUCAGAUAGGGCUCUUAUGUGUGCAAGAAGAUGUAUUAGACAGACCAACAAUGUCAGCAGUUGUUUUAAUGUUGAAUAGUGAAACUACUCUUCCUACUCCAAAACAGCCUGCAUUCAUUCUUAGAAAGUCCAAUAACAAUUCUAAUCCAUCAGCAAAAAUGGAUGGAUUUUGUUCUGUGGAUGAAGAAACAAUUACUGAGGUUGUAUGUCGCUGA